GUCAAAAGUGCAUUGGCUGAUCAACAAAUAAUGGAUGACAAAACCAGCCGGUUUACCUGCAGAGGAAAACCAGUCUACCAUUUUAUGGGAGUCAGCACCUUUUCUCAGUAUACCGUAGUGUCAGACGUCAAUCUUGCCAAAAUUGAUGAUGAUGCAAAUUUAGAGAGAGUGUGUCUACUUGGAUGUGGGUUUUCAACAGGCUAUGGAGCUGUUAUAAACAAUGCCAAGGUUACCCCAGGCUCUUCCUGUGCUGUCUUUGGCCUAGGAUGUGUUGGUCUUUCUGCCAUAAUGGGUUGUAAAGAAGCAGGAGCUUCCAGAAUCAUAGCUAUUGACAUCAACAGUGAGAAGUUCACAAAGGCCAAAGCUCUUGGAGCCACUGAGUGCCUCAACCCUAGAAAGCUAGAUAAGCCCAUUCAGGAGGUAAUUAGUGAAAUGACCGACGGAGGUGUGGACUUUGCCUUUGACUGUGCAGGAGGAUCUGAAGUCAUGAAAGCAGCACUGGACUGCACAACAGUAGGAUGGGGAUCAUGUACUGUGAUUGGAGUAGCCAUGGGUGACAAAGGAUUGAAUCUGUCUCCAAUGGAACUAAUAUUGGGCCGUACUAUUAAUGGAUCAUACUUUGGUGGUUGGAAGAGUAGAGACUCUAUUCCAAAGCUGGUUAUUGACCACAAGAAUAAGAAAUUUGAUUUGGAUGCACUGGUGACCCAUACCUUGCCUUUUGAAAAAAUCAGUAUGGCAUUUGACCUACUACAACAAGGAAAAAGCAUCCGGACUGUUCUGAUCUUUUGAAAAUACAAGGAACAAUUUGGAAUAUUGUCUGAUUGAAUCAGAGACUACCUGAUUAUUGUUUAACCUGAUCUGAUGAACCAAAGAUUUCCAUGAAACAUUUAUUGGCAUCUUCUCACCAUUAAA